CCUCCUCCUCCUCCUCCUCCAACACCAAACCUGCUCCCGACAAUACUACUGUCAAUAAUCCCUCCCCUCUCCGCGUCCCGAAACCAGCCCCACCCGCACCUCGUGCUCCAGAAUUCGGAAGAAGCCCAAGUGGAGGCCAUACGAUUAUUAUACCGCCACGGUCGAGUUCGAAGGGUUUGCGUUUGAAUAUGGACUCGGAACAGAAAGAGGGAGACGGUCAGACGGGGACGAUGCUCGACCAUAGAUCUCGACCUCGUUCGCCUGUCAUUCGGCGUACGCCUAUUUCCUCUACGGAGAUCCUCGCUCAAGCUCAAGCGAGAGACGCACCGAGCUUCACGCCGCUUACGACCGGACCUGCGAACGAUCCACAAUCUCUUCCUCAGCCUCGUGCGGCGACGAUUAAUAAUGGGGCGUUAGGGGAUGAAGACGAUGAUGAGGACGAUGAGGAUUAUAUGGAUGAGGAUGAGGAUGAGGAUAGUGAUGAGAAGGCGAACGGGGCUGGGAAGAGGAGGAGAGUGGGAGGGGAGUCGGAGUUGAGUUCGUUGAGUGAUGAGGAGGACGAGGAGGACGAAGAUGAGGAGGAAGAUGAGCUGGAAGAAGAGGAUGAGUAUAUGGAUAUGGAUGAGGAUGAGGACGGACGGGCUGAGACUAGAGCGGGUGCAGGCAAAGGCAAGGGUACGAAAGAGGGAGAGGUAGGAGCGGGCAGUACGACGGGUGCGUCUAGUCAGAAUCACAAUGCGUCGCUUCCAACCCCGGCCACUACUCCCGCCAAUCCAUCGACCAAUCCCAACCCCGGUGCCACAACUACGACUUCUGCUCCGGCGGUCCCUGCGAAGAGACCGAGAGGCCGUCCGCGGAAGAUACGGCCUGAGGAGGGUGCUGAUGCUAGUAGUACUGCUACGGUCACGAAACCGAACGGGAAGGAUAAAGGCAAAGGAAAGGAUAAAUCAGUACCAGGCGCGAUCGACGCGUCGAAGUCGGUGCCCACUAGUUCCAUUUCGAGAGACCAAGAACGUCAACUCAUCGUCAUCCCCGACGUCUUCCUCGGCCAUACAUCCUCUUCCUCCUCUACCCCCAACCUCCAUACCAAGAGCAAGAAAGCCAGUACGACGACGAACAUGCUGACGACAACGACGAACGCGAACGGCGAGAUGGUGAAGAAAAGAGGACCGGGCAGGCCGAGGAAGGUGAAGAUCACGAGUGAGGUGGAUAGGGAGAAGGUGAAGGAGGCGAAGGUUAGGGCGGCGGCGGUGGCGAGGGCGGCGAGGGCGCAGAAGAUCUUGGAGAAGCAGAGGGCGAGGAAUUCGACGAGUGUUGGGGCUGGGACUGGGGCUGUUGAGGGAGCGGUGGGCGAGGUACCGAAGAAGAGAGGACCGGGGAGGCCUAGGAAGAUCAGGCCUGGAGAGAAUGCGGUCUCGGCGCCGCCAGUCAGGACGAUUCAGAAACAGCUCGUCACUCCGGCAUCGUCAGCGCAGGCAAUAGCUGGAGGACCUAAUAGUCCACCUGAGGUGCCGGUGAAGAGGAAGCCUGGACGGCCGAGGUUGGUCAGGCCGGGCGAUGUGCUGACGACUGGGUCUGCUUCUGCGCCGGUUCAGAGUCAGAAUAACACUGUGAGUGCGGAUCCGAGUGUGCCGGUGAAGAGGAAACCUGGACGACCGAGGAAGAUACGUCCUGGGGAACAAGUCGUUUCUGCCACUCCCUCUGCCGGCACGAAAGCCACCGUUUCUGCCGCUGUGAAUACCACGUCGGCCUCUGCACCUCCUGCUCGUAUUCCCGCUCCCCCGGCCGUAAACACCACUCCAAUCACCCCCGUCACUCCCUCCGCCUCAGCCUCCGCGGCUCCCGGUCUUACCCUCAACACCCGUCUAACCCCCUCCGCCUCCGCUUCUCCCGCCCCCCAAUCCCUCUCCCUCUCCCUCUCCCAAAGCCAGACUCCGGGCCACGCGACCCGCUCCAUCACCACCCCCGCCUCCGCCCGCGCGAAGCGUCUGAGCAGCACGCGCACCCUGACGCCGAAAGCGCCGAACGCGGCGCCGAGGAGGUGGGUGCCGCUCACGGAGCCGCCGAGUAAGUUGACGGGGGGAGAGUAUGGGAGGGUGGGGGCUGUUAUUGUGGAGGAUAUGAUUUAUGUUGGGAACAGCAUCGUAUGGAUGCGCCCGCCCUGCACGCGCUGCGACGACGCCGGGGAGAAAUGCUCAGGCCUGCCCGGCGAGAAAUGCGGGCGCUGCAAGCGGAACCACGGGAAGUGUUCACAUGCGACGAGGGGCAGAGGGGGAGCAACGAGUGGCCCGACCACCGCCACCACUUCUGCGCUGGGAGAGGCAGUGGCAGGUGGCGAGGGUACGGCUGCUGGAGCGGCUGGAGUGGAUGCUGUGGGUGGAGAGGGAGAGGAUGGAGAGGAAGAGGAUUCGGACGAGGAGGACGAUGAUAUGGUGGAGAUGUUGGUUGCGAGUGGGUUGUCGGUGCAGGAGGGUCAGAAAGAAGGUGAAGAUAAAGGAAAGGAAGGCGAAGAGGACGAUGGGAUUAGUGGAAAGGAGGGCGGGGCGAUGGACGUGGACGAAGAAGCGGAGGGCGUUGCUCCGGCUGCGGAGAUCUCGGUCGUAGCUGCAUCGCGAUCUCAAGCACCAGCGAAGGACUCCGCCCGCGUCGCUAGCAGCAAGGGAGAUGGCCGUACUCAGCGCGCAGAUAUCGAGAUGGGAGAUCUCAGCAUGGAGAAUUUGGAGGCGUUGAAUCUGGACGAAGACACAAAGAAGGUGGCUGUCGAAUUGAGGGGUCAAAUGCAGGGCAUUGGGAUGGCGAGGACGGCGUUGGAUAGGGAGCUCGAGAAGCUUAGUGAACGAUUGAGGGAGGUGCUUGGGAGGGCUAGGGUUUAGGGCGAUGGGGACGGCGAAGAUAAAGUCGCUGCGUGGUCAGUGUUUGAUGUGCCCUUGCCAGGCCGGGGUAUGGAAUUGGUCGUUUCCUCGUGUUAUAUUCUCCUCUCCCUCUCUCUUUUAUUGUGUAAGUAAUUAUCGGUGUGAAGAUGUCUUCUCCCGAUUAUUUUUCUUAUCCACUAUGUUUUCAUUUCGAUCGAAGUAUUAUUCUACCCUUCCCAUUUCUGCGCUUUCACUUUCUUCGACCGUGAAGGUGUCUUCUCUUUACUUUCUUUACCCUUAUGUGUCCAUUUCGAGUGCGGUUUUAUCCUAGCCCUUCCCUUUUCUCCUUUUUUACUUUCUCCGACUCGUAAAUAUACGGAGAUGCUUGUAGGAUGUGAGGCGGUCGAUGUACUUCAGUGUGCGUUAUACGGUAUUACAAGCCAGUGUGGCAGUCCAUAUGCAAUUGUCCCUUUUCUCUCCUUUUCUCCUCGUUUUCUCUAUCCCUCAGUGUCCUUGCGUGUCUUGUCGUCACGGUGGUGACUGCUGUCGAAAUAAUACAUACUG